AUGGACCCACCUCCAAGUGACCCCGAUCCCACUGGGAAAAAAGUGGAGCCUGAGAGGAGGGAUCCUGUUCCCCCUGAUAGGGAAACACCUGGGAGGGAUCCUGAUCCUCCUGGGAUAGAAGUAGACCCAGAAGAGAAGAAACCACCACCAAGUGACCCUGAUCCUCCUGGGGAAAAGGUAGAGCCUGAGGGGAAGGAGCCUGUUCCGCCUGACAGGGAACCACCUGGGAGUGACCCUGAUCCACCUGGGAAAGAAACAGAACCAGAAGAGAGGGAGCCACCUCCAACUGAACCUGAUCCUCCUGGGAUAGAAGUAGAGCCAGAAGAAAGGGAGCCACCUCCAAGUGACCCUGAUCCCCCUGGAAAAAAAGUGGAGUCCGAAGGGAGCGAUCCUGUUCCCCCUGACAGAGAAACACCUGGGAGUGAUCCUGAUCCUCCUGGGACAGAAAUAGAGCCAGAAGAGAGGGAGCCACCUCCAAGUGACCCUGAUCCACCUGGAAAAAAUGUGGAGCCUGAGAGGAGGGAGCUCGUUCCCCCUGCCAGGGAACCUGGGGUGGUUCCUGGGAAAAAGGUGGAGCUAGAAGGGAGAGAGCCACCUUCAACUGAUCCUGAUCCUCCUGGAAAAAGGGCAGAGGCGGAAGAGAGGGAGCCUGUUCCCACUGACAGGGAACCAUCUAGAAGUGAUCCUGAUUCUCCUGGGAUAGAAGUAGAGCCAGAAGAGAGGGAGCCACCUCCAAGUGACCCUGAUCCACCUGGAAAAAAUGUGGAGCCUGAGAGGAAGGAACCUGUUCCCCCUGCCAGGGAACCACCUGGGGCGGUUCCUGGGAAAAAGUUGGAGCUAGAAGGGAGAGAUCCACCUUCAACUGAUCCUGAUCCUCCUGGGAAAAGGGGAACCUGGGGUGGUUCCUGGGAAAAGGUGGAGCUAGAAGGGAGAGAGCCACCUUCAACUGAUCCUGAUCCUCCUGGAAAAAGGGCGGAGCCGGAAGAGAGGGAGCCUGUUCCCACUGACAGGGAACCAUCUAGAAGUGAUCCUGAUUCUCCUGGGAUAGAAGUAGAGCCAGAAGAGAGGGAGCCACCUCCAAGUGACCCUGAUCCACCUGGAAAAAAUGUGGAGCCUGAGAGGAGGGAGCCCGUUCCCCCUGCCAGGGAACCUGGGGUGCUUCCUGGGAAAAAGGUGGAGCUAGAAGGGAGAGAGCCACCUUCAACUGAUCCUGAUCCUCCUGGAAAAAGGGCGGAGCCGGAAGAGAGGGAGCCUGUUCCCACUGACAGGGAACCAUCUAGAAGUGAUCCUGAUUCUCCUGGGAUAGAAGUAGAGCCAGAAGAGAGGGAGCCACCUCCAAGUGACCCUGAUCCACCUGGAAAAAAUGUGGAGCCUGAGAGGAGGGAGCCCGUUCCCCCUGCCAGGGAACCUGGGGUGGUUCCUGGGAAAAAGGUGGAGCUAGAAGGGAGAGAGCCACCUUCAACUGAUCCUGAUCCUCCUGGAAAAAGGGCAGAGCCGGAAGAGAGGGAGCCUGUUCCCACUGACAGGGAACCAUCUAGAAGUGAUCCUGAUUCUCCUGGGAUAGAAGUAGAGCCAGAAGAGAGGGAGCCACCUCCAAGUGACUCUGAUCCACCUGGAAAAAAUGUGGAGCCUGAGAGGAGGGAUCCCGUUCCCCCUGCCAGAGAACCUGGGGUGGUUCCUGGGAAAAAGGUGGAGCUAGAAGGGAGAGAGCCACCUUCAACUGAUCCUGAUCCUCCUGGAAAAAGGGCGGAGCCGGAAGAGAGGGAGCCUGUUCCCACUGACAGGGAACCAUCUAGAAGUGAUCCUGAUUCUCCUGGGAUAGAAGUAGAGCCAGAAGAGAGGGAGCCACCUCCAAGUGACCCUGAUCCACCUGGAAAAAAUGUGGAGCCUGAGAGGAGGGAGCCCGUUCCCCCUGCCAGGGAACCUGGGGUGGUUCCUGGGAAAAAGGUGGAGCUAGAAGGGAGAGAGCCACCUUCAACUGAUCCUGAUCCUCCUGGAAAAAGGGCGGAGCCGGAAGAGAGGGAGCCUGUUCCCACUGACAGGGAACCAUCUAGAAGUGAUCCUGAUUCUCCUGGGAUAGAAGUAGAGCCAGAAGAGAGGGAGCCACCUCCAAGUGACCCUGAUCCACCUGGAAAAAAUGUGGAGCCUGAGAGGAAGGAACCUGUUCCCCCUGCCAGGGAACCACCUGGGGCGGUUCCUGGGAAAAAGUUGGAGCUAGAAGGGAGAGAUCCACCUUCAACUGAUCCUGAUCCUCCUGGGAAAAGGGUGGAGCCGGAAGAGAGGGAGCCCGUUCCCACUGACAGGGAACCGUCUAGAAGUGAUCCUGAUUCUCCUGGGAUAGAAGUAGAGCCAGAAGAGAGGGAGCCCCCUCCAAGUGACCCUGGUCCUUCUGAGAAGGAGGUGAAGCCAGAAGGAAGAGGGCCUGUUCCCCCUGAUAAAGAACCCUCUGGGAGUGACCCUGAUCCUCCUGGGACGGAAGUAGAGCCGGAAGAGAAGGAGCCACCUCCAAGUGACCCUAAUAUUCCUGGGAACAAGGUGGAGCCAGAAUGA